AUGCUCACCAACUGUGAAAUCAACAACUUCAAGCUCACCCGGCAAAUCGGGUCCGGAGCAUACGGACUAGUAUUCCACGCUGUGGAUCUGAUCACUGAAAACGAAUAUGCUAUCAAGGCCGUCGUCAAGGACGGCAGUUCGAACGGAACUGGUGGCAGCGACACAGCAGGCCCCGAAUCUGAUAUCAAGCGCUCUACCAUGCUUCAGACACAACUUUACUACUACUUCAAGUCUUUUCAAAACCAGAUUUUUUUGCCUACCGUCGAUCUGGACUCGAUAUUCGCAUUGGACAGCUCUCAGCUCAAGAGGGCACCCCAUUUCCGCGAGAUAGUCAUGCAUCUACGUGUUCACGCUCACGCCAAUGUUGUAACCAUUCACCAGGUAUUAGAGUCACCGCUGGCGACGUUUUUAGUUCUGGACUACUGUCCACGUGACCUCUUCACCUCGAUUGUUGACCAUCAGCACUUCGCAAAGGAUCCGUUGUUGGUCAAACGAGUGUUCCUGCAGCUGUGUUCUGUGUUACAGCAUUGCCACGCCCGUGGAAUCUAUCAUUGUGACAUUAAACCAGAGAACAUCCUCUUAGACGACCACGACAACGUGUAUGUGUGCGAUUUUGGGCUUAGCACCGAGUCUCCACAACUUCCAGCCAACGUUUGUCUCGGCUCCAGCUAUUAUAUGGCACCGGAACGUCUCUCGUGUCCGACGUCGCUCAAGUCCAGCGGCCCGAGUGGCUCUACUACCGAUGAAUGUUCUUCGCAGCGCUCAUCAUCCUCAACUCCAUCCCCACCAUUAUUCCCAACUUGGGCAGGUGACGUCUGGUCCGUUGGAAUCAUACUCAUCAACCUGACGUGCAUUCGGAAUCCGUGGUUAAAGGCAAAUCAAUCUGAAGACAGCACAUUCAGCUAUUUUGUGAAGGACCCACAAGUCUUGCUGAAGAUACUGCCUGUGUCACAGCAGCUUUAUCAGAUUCUGAAAGAUAUACUCAGACUAGAUCCCGCUACUCGGGCUUCUUUGGAUAGUAUUAUGGAUCGUGUGGCGCAUUGUACCUCGUUUACAACUUUUGGUCCUCUAUCAGAAGUUGCGUCACUAGAUGAAAUUGAUCAAGAACGAUUUCUCAGCAAUCCCAGAGCCCUCCGCAUUAAGCAAAUGCUCCAAAACUACCACUCUGACGAAGAACCUGCUCAUUUUGGGCCCCAAAUGGAAAACGAUUCUGAAGUUACCAGUGAAGAAGAAGGCUAUUGCCAAUUGUUUAAUGGACAAUUUGCCUCUACCGGGAUCAUUGGCGAUAAACCACUCAACUUCAGAAAGAAUCAACAGCAAUUACAGGAGCGAGGGGUCCCUUUCGAGCUCGGAAUAAAUAAGCUCAACUUGACAAAGAACGCCUCGGUUAUGACGAAUUAUUCUUGCCACACGGGAUGGCCCCCUCAAUACCGGUAA